AUGUUGUGUGCUUGUUCCGGGGAGCAAUUCAAAUUUGAAGAGGCACCACAGUCACCUGAAUCCUUGGCAACAAGGGAUUUUUCUGCAAGCGGCCUUUCUUCAAGGACUGGGGAUUGGGAAUCCAAAUUUGAUGAGACGCAAGUGGAAGAUGUUGAAUCUACUCUGAAAGAAACUCUGUCAUUAAACUAUGAGGAAGCUCGGGCUUUGCUGGGGAGGCUUGAGUACCAAAGAGGGAACUUUGAUGCUGCUCUUAAAGUUUUUGAGGGUAUAGACAUAAGGGAUUUGGCCCCAAGGAUGAUCAGGGCUAUAGCUGAAAGAACCAAGCAAAGAAAACCACGGUCCAAGGGGGAUAAUGUGCUUCCUAAUGUGAUGUCAAUGCAUUCAGUAAGCCUGCUUCUUGAGGCAAUUUUGCUUAAAUCCAAAUCCUUAGAAGAACUUGGAGGAUACACUGAGGCUGCAAAGGAGUGCAGAAUUAUUGUGGAUAUAGUUGAAUCUGCCCUUCCCAAAGGUAUGCCUGAGGGUAUUGGUGAAGAUUGUAAGUUGCAAGAAAUGUUCCACAAAGCAUUGGGGUUGCUUCCAAAUCUAUGGAUCAAGGCAGGUUUUCUAGACGAAGCUGUCACUGCUUAUCGGUGGGCUCUAGUCAAGCCGUGGAAUUUGGAGCCCUGGAGAUUGGCCUGUGUACAAAAAGAUUUGGCCACCACACUACUCUAUGGCGGUGUUGAAGUAAACCUACCCUCUCAGUUGCAAGUGAAUGGUCUGACAACACCUAUGAGUGGCACUGAAGAAGCCAUACUUUUGCUAUUAAUACUCUCAGGAAAGAUGGCACUUGAGGAAAUAGACUGGGACCCUGAAAUAAUGGAUCAUCUUACAUAUUCACUUUCAAUUACUGGAAUGUUUGAAUCAUUGGCAAAUAACGUAGAGAAGGUCCUUCCAGGUGUUUAUGAUCGGGCAGAGAGGUGGUACUUUCUUGCUCUUUGUUACAGUGCAGCAGGACAGAAUGAAGUAGCCUUGAACCUUUUGAGGAAAGCUUGUGCUAGUUCUGAAGCAAAGCAUAGACCCUAUUUUCCUUCAUUUUUGUUCGCUGCAAAGCUGUGUUCUUUAUAUCCAAACCAUGCUCAUGAAGGCAUUAAAUUUUCACAGGAAGCUAUCGAUCUAGCCAAGCAUCAAAAUGAGCAUUUUCUGGGUCAGGGCCAAAAAUUUCUGGGCACUUGCUACGGGGCUGCUGCUAGAAUAUCUGUACUGGAUUCUGAAAGAAUUAUAUUUCAAAGAGAGUCUUUGAAAUUUCUAAAUGCUGCUGUUGCUCUUAAUGGAAAUAAUGAUCCAGAAGUGAUAUUCAGCCUUGGAUUGGAAAAUGCAAUCCAAAGAAAUCUAAAUGCAGCAUAUGACAAUCUAAUAAUGUACUCUGACAUGAUGGCUGGCAGCUCAAUAAGAGGUUGGCAGUUGUUACCACUCAUAGUAUCAGCACAGCAGCGGUUUAAGGAUGCGGAAACUAUAGUUGAUUUUGCUUUAGAUGAGGCUGGUAGUGUAGACCAGUUACAACUACUGAGACUGAAAGCUAUACUUCAAAUUACUCAGAAGCAACCCAAGCAAGCAAUAGAGAUCUACAGAAUCUUGCUAGCAGUAAUUGAAUCACAAAAGGAGCAUUGGCUUCAGGCUAAGGCAUUUUGGCAUGAGGCAUUAACACAACAGAAGUUGGAAAUGGAAGUCUGGCAAGAUUUGGCUACCAUUUAUGCAGAUCUGAGUUCCUUUCUUGAUGCAAAAGCUUGUGUUGACAAGGCCCAGCUGAUAGAAUUUUUUUCUCCCCGAAGUUGGCAUCUAACUGGGCUGCUGCUUGAAUCUCGAACAUUGCAUAAGGAGGCACUUGUUUCCUUCUUAGUCUCGUUGUCAAUAGAACCGGAUUACCCUCCCGGUAUAAUUUCAGCUGCAAAAUUGUUGCUUAAAUUUGGCAUGCAAUCACUCCCAAUUGCUAGAAGCUUUUUAAUGAAUGCCUUGAGAUUAGACCCCACAAACCAUGAUGCAUGGUUUAACCUUGGACGGGUUUCAAAAAUGGAAGGUUCAUUACAACAAGCAGCAGAUUUCUUUCAAGCCGCAUCUGAGCUGAAGCUUUCAGCUCCAGUGCAAAAAUUUGAGUGA